UUUUUUGUAAUAAAGGAAUGCUCACCCACUUUGUGCAAGUGACGUGUUUCUCUUGCGCGGGAUGUAGUCGCUACACGUCUGCCUGUGAGUGUGAAGGAAUCGAGGCGAGCAGGAAGUGGCUGGAUUGAUGAUGUGCACCUGGAGUGUGACACAGCUGUAAGGUAGUACACGUACCAGAAACGGACUUAAUGAGGAAUCACUUGUAAAGUGUUGUCGAGGGAAGGAUGGGCAGGCAAAGGCAUGGAAAGAGGGUGCUGACUAACAGCAGCAAAGAUGGGGGCGAUGCCGUCUCCGGCCGGAAGGAGGAGAAGAAGAAGGACAUCCCCAACUCCAUCCUGCAUCGCAAGGAGAAGAAGAAAAAGAUGGAUCUGGCCAAGCUCUUCAUCAACAUUUCCAUCGGCCUCUGCAUCUUCAGCUUGAUCUGGUUCUUCUACGCCCUGUACAUGCGCUCCUAUCUGGCCAGGAGGAUCAUCACUCCUCACCCCUCGAUGAGAAUCCUGGAUGCCAACAGCACCAGCGCGGCUGUGGCCCCUGACAGGUUCUGGGGCUCCUACAGGCCCCAGGUGUAUUUCGGAAUGAAGACAAGGAGUCCCAGAUCGAUCGUGACAGGGCUGAUGUGGAUGCGGCAGUUCGGCGGGGCGGACGUGAGCCUGCGGCACACCUGCGAGCAGGGCGACCGGCUGCAGAGCUACGGCUGGACGAUGCACGACGGCGUCCACUUCGGCAUCCAGGAGGUCCGGGACUCGGACUUCACGCUGACCACCGAGUUCGUGAAGAGGGCGGGAGGGGAGCACGGGGGAGACUGGACCUGGAGGGUGACGGCCAAGCAGCAGAGCUCGGCUGCCCACGCGCCUGUGAUCUCCCUGCUGUUCUACGUGGCUGCAGACAGUCAGGGUUCCCUGCAGGCCCAUGUUGAGGAGAAGAACCGCCUGGGUUCUGUCACAGGAUUUUCUGAGGAGCUGGGACACUUCAAGCUCACCUUCCGCAAGCCUGCCGCUGGGGAGGCUACCAGUGCCAAGUUCGCCAGCUACAAUUACCUGAAGACGGUCAGCCCCGGCUUAGAGAAGCUGACAGACAUUGUGAAAAGCAGCCUGAGUGGGAAGUUUAUAUAUAGUCCCCCAUCUGGUGAGAAGCGCCACUACAUAGCGGUGGAUACCUACAGGCCCCCUCCGCCCUCCCAUCAGCAGCAGCAGCAGCGCGGGGAGACCCGGAAGGAGAGCGAUUUCGUGGUGCACCAGGUGACCGUCCAGACGCCCUUCCAGAUGGAGGUCCUGUUUGAGUCGGGCAGCUUCCGGGACCGGCCCAAUCAGCUGGUGGGGGAGGUGAUGACGGAGGAGCUGGAGAGAAGGAAGGGGGCUUUUGACGCCAAGUUUGAGGAAACCUUCGAGCUCCAGAGGAAAGGGUACACCCCAUCUCAGAUUAAGUUUGCCAAAGCAGCACUGAGCAACAUGCUGGGUGGUUUGGGCUACUUCCACGGUCAGUCGGCCGUUCAGUCCAUAUACAACGAGUACCCGCUGGUUUACCCCGAGGGCCCCUUGUUUACCGCUGUCCCAUCCCGCUCCUUCUUCCCCAGAGGCUUCCUCUGGGAUGAGGGUUUCCAUCAGCUCCUCAUCAGUAAGUGGGACUCUCAGAUCACCGGGGAAGCCAUUGCCCACUGGCUGGACCUGAUGAACGUGGAGGGCUGGAUUCCCCGGGAGCAGAUUUUAGAUGACGAGGCUCGCAGCAAAGUGCCGGCCGAGUUCAUCAUCCAGCGGAAUGAAAACGCCAACCCGCCCACGCUUUUCCUGGCACUGCAGAAGCUCGUGGAGCGGUUCGCCGCCGCGGCAGAGGCGAAUGAAUCAGCACUGCAGGGCACCAAAACCUUUCUGAGAAGGCUGUUCCCCAGGCUGCAGACCUGGUUCGAGUGGUACAACACAACUCAGGCUGGGCCCCUGCCCAACUCCUACCGCUGGAGGGGCAGGGACAAGGACACCAACCUCUUCCUCAACCCCAAGACCCUGACGUCCGGCCUGGAUGACUAUCCCAGAGCCUCUCACCCUUCCCAGGACGAGAGGCAUGUGGACCUGUACUGCUGGAUGGCCCUGGCCUCUGGGAUCAUGGCUGACAUUGCCAAGCUUAUCGGGGAGCCCCACCAGGAGUAUGAGAGGACUCAGCUGAUCCUGGGUGACAACAUGCUGCUGAGUGAGCUGCACUGGUCCGAGCAGCUCAAGGCUUUCUCCGACUAUGGGAACCACACUCAGGCGGUGUCCCUCCAGAGGGAGAAGGUGUACGUGCCACCCGGGCAGCCCCGUCACCAGUUUCCGCCAGCCCGGCUUGUGCGCGCGAUCCGCAAGGCCCCCAAGCUGCAGUACGUCAACGCCUUGGGCUACGUCAGCCUCUUCCCCUUCCUGCUGCAGCUCCUGACGCCCGACUCCCCCAAGCUGGAGCACAUUCUCAAGGACAUGAGGGACGAGCAGAAGCUGUGGACGCCCUACGGCCUGCGCUCCCUCUCCAAGUCCGACCCCCUCUACAUGAAGCGCAACACGGAGCACGAUGCCCCCUACUGGCGCGGCCCCAUCUGGAUCAACAUUAAUUACCUGGCCGUCAGAGCGCUGCAUUACUACGGCCGCACUGACGGACCAUACAGAGAAAAGGCAGCCGCUCUCUACCAAGAGCUGAGGACUAAUAUUAUAGAGAACGUGUACAGACAGUACAUGGAAACUGGCUAUAUCUGGGAACAGUACAAUGACAGCACAGGCAGAGGCCAAGGAAGCCACCCCUUCACAGGCUGGUCUGCUCUGUGUGUGUUAAUGAUGGCAGAGCAGUACUGAGACAGCACGGGAGUGAGCUCUACAGCUGUGUGAACAGCACUCUACCGUCUCUAGUAUGUGCCAUUGUUUUUGUCUGAAGUCUCAGUUUUUCAUCCAGACUUGAUCUGCCAUUGUCGAAAGGAAGCGGACGAGAAAUGAGUGGUUUUCUGUCUUUAAUUUCUCGGGGAAUCUUUCUUAACUUGUUUUCUGUAGAAUCUAGAAGUUUUUAUGGAGCCAUAUGAGUCCAGAUCUGUUCAUUUUGCUCAAGGACCUUUGUAGGGGUUGAACAAAAAGGAAAGUAAUUAUUUUGUCCGUAUAGAGUUAACUCAGUCUGGUGUCUUAUGUUACUAAGUGUAUGUGUAUUUCUGAUUUACUUGGUGGAACAAAGUGCUGACCCAUAAUUUUAAACUUGUUUUUCCUCUU